GGCGAAGGCGAUAUGGGACUGGAAAGGGGCAAAAGCGUCAUUCAAGGGAGUUUCCUUGAAGCUGAAGUCUGUGGGGACAAGGAGAAGAGAAGAGACCCGUCUCCUCUUCCUCCUCCUCUCUCUCUCUCUCUCUCUCUCUAUGUGCGUGUCCAGUCUAUAUAUAUGUGUGUGUACACGGAUAAAGAGGGAGAAAGUGAAGAGAAAAAGCCAGUGACAAACUGUAACAACUAACGCAAGAGAGAGAUAUGAGAAACGGAGGAGGGCUGUUCAGGUCUUCAAUAUUGUGUGGAGCUGUGGAGCAAGAGAUUGAACAGUUCUCCAGAGACGGAAGCCAUUACAGCCUAUCCACCGGAAUCCUUCCUUCUCUCGGCGCCAGAAGCAGCCGCAGCAUUAAGCUCCACCCAUUCAUCGUCUCCCCUUACGAUCGCCGCUACAGGGGAUGGGAGACUUUUCUCGUGGUUCUGGUGAUCUACACUGCUUGGGUGUCACCGUUCGAAUUCGGAUUCCUGGAAAAGCCAGAGGGGCCGCUCUCCAUCACCGAUAACGUUGUCAAUGGAUUCUUUGCCAUCGACAUUAUUCUAACAUUUUUUGUAGCUUACCUCGAUCGAUCUACCUACCUACUUGUUGAUAAUCGAAAGCAGAUUGCUUGGAAAUAUGCCAGUUCUUGGCUGGCAUUUGAUGUCAUAUCUACAAUUCCCUCUGAGCUUGCCAGGAAGAUUUUUCCUGGGCCUUUCCAAUCAUAUGGCCUAUUCAACAUGCUUCGCCUUUGGCGUCUUCGUAGAGUUAGUUCUCUGUUUGCCAGAUUGGAGAAAGACAGGCACUUCAACUACUUCUGGGUUCGAUGUGCAAAGCUUAUUUGUGUCACCCUAUUUUCGGUUCACUGUGCUGCGUGCUUUUAUUACCUUAUUGCUGCACGCUAUCAUGACCCAAAAAGGACAUGGAUUGGAGUAGCCUUCGGUGACUUCCUUCAGCAGAGCCUGGGGAUGAAGUACGUGACAUCAAUCUACUGGUCUAUCACCACUCUCACAACUGUUGGAUAUGGAGAUUUGCAUCCCGUGAAUACGAGGGAGAUGGUUUUUGUCAUAUGCUACAUGUUCUUCAACCUUGGAAUGACAGCAUAUCUGAUAGGAAAUAUGACUAACUUGGUUGUCCAUGGUACCAGUAAAACUAGAGAAUUUAGAGAUACCAUUCAAGCGGCAUCAAAUUUUGCACAGAGAAACCGUUUGCCUGUUCGCCUGCAAGAUCAGAUGCUUGCUCACUUGUCUUUGAAAUAUAGGACAGAUUCGGAGGGACUGCAACAGAAGGAGACUCUCGAUUCCCUUCCAAAAGCCAUCCGAUCAAGCAUUUCACAUUUUCUUUUCUACUCUCUUGUAGACAAGGUGUACUUGUUUCGUGGGGUGUCCAACGAUUUGCUCUUCCAGCUGGUCUCAGAGAUGAAAGCCGAAUAUUUUCCUCCCAAAGAAGAUGUUAUCUUGCAGAAUGAAGCACCCACAGAUUUCUACGUACUUGUUUCUGGAGCAGUGGAUAUUGUGGUCCUCAAAAACGGAGGUGAACAGAUUGUUGGAGAGGCUAAAACUGGUGGUCUCUGUGGGGAGAUUGGCGUGCUUUGUUAUAGGCCACAACUUUUUACAGUGCGGACCAAACGGCUGAGCCAGUUGCUACGAAUGAACCGUACCACAUUCUUGAAUAUUGUUCAGGCAAAUGUUGGAGAUGGAACCAUAAUCAUGAACAAUCUCCUUCAGCAUUUGAAAGAAAUGAAGGACCCAAUAAUGGAGGGUGUUCUGGUGGAGACAGAGAACAUGCUUGCUCGUGGUAGAAUGGACCUACCUCUCAGCCUAUGUUUUGCUACACUCAGGGGAGAUGAUUUGUUGCUACAUCAGUUGUUGAAACGAGGUCUGGACCCAAAUGAAUCAGACAGCAACGGGAGGACUGCAUUGCACAUAGCAGCAUCUAAAGGAAGUGAGAAUUGUGUGCUUCUCCUACUGGACUAUGGAGCAGAUCCUAAUAGCAGAGACUCAGAAGGGAAUGUGCCACUAUGGGAGGCCAUAUUGGGUGGUCAUGACCCAGUAGUUCAGCUACUGGCAGAUAAUGGCGCCACCAUAAAUUCUGGUGAUGUGGGUCAUUUUGCAUGCACUGCCGUGGAGCAAAACAAUUUGGCGUUGCUGAAGGAAAUUGUUCGUCGGGGAGGGGAUGUAAUGCGCCCAAAGAUCAAUGGGCCCGCUGCUCUUCAUGUUGCGGUUUGUGAAGGGAACAUUGAAAUAGUCAAAUUCCUUUUGGACCAAGGGGCAGAUAUUGACAAGCCAGACAACCAUGGUUGGACCCCUAGGCAGCUAGCUGACCAGCAAGGACACGAAGAGAUAAAAAUCCUCUUCCAGUCCAGCGAAGAGGUCAAAACUCAAACUGCCAUUGCUAUCCCCGAACAGUCGCGUGGAAUUCGGUUCCUCGGGAGAUUUACAAGCGAACCGGCAAUCCGGCCUAUGCCCCGGGAUGGUACAUUAGCAGAAGGUUCAUGGAGGCAAACCCGCCCAAGGCGAAGAACCAAUAACUUCCACAAUUCUUUAUUUGGCAUCAUGUCAGCUGCUCAUGGUGGGAACAGUGACUUGCUUUCAUCUAUAAACCAGACUACAUAUGCUGAGACUGGUACGGAGUAUCCUGCAAGGGUGACAAUUAGUUGCCCUGGAAAGGGAGAUGUUGGAGGAAAGCUAGUGCUACUUCCCAAGAGUUUUGAGGAGCUGCUUGAGAUUGGUGGUAGAAGAUAUGGGUUCUUGCCCACUAAAGUUCUAACCAAGGAUGGAGCUGAAAUUGAUGGGAUAGAGCUGAUUAGGGAUGGAGAUCAUCUUACCUUCGUUGGUGAUGGUGGAGUGAGAGAAUCUAAUUGCCAGCAAAAUGGUGGGAUUUGACAUAUGCGGCUUCACCAUCUCUUUGCCCCCAUUUUUUCUUUCGUUUUUUUUUUUUUUUAAUAAUUGCAUCAAAGGUAAAGUUGUUGGUUUGGCCUCCGUCAGAAAAUCCUGAUGGGUCAUCUAAUGUUAAAGAAAAUUUUGAUAUCUGAAUGCGUUCCUUGAAAAAGGGUGUGGUUGGUGAAGAUACUGACCUUUAGAGAAUGAAAUGAUAGCCUAACAAAGCGCUUAAGUUUGCUAGAAGAGGUAUAUUGAUUAGUUUGUGACCGCACUGGAACUCUCCUUGACCGAUUUAACUAAAUAUUUAACCCUUCAAAUUAA